UUUAGCAUUUGUGGGUUUCUUGACUAAGCUUACUUCAUCCCUCGCAGACUUGCUUCGUUAAGAACCGGUUCUUACCGAUCUAGCCACCAGAGGUCAGCACUGUAAGCAAGAUACGAGCAUGGACAAAUCUGUAUAGUAAUGCAGGCAGGCAGCACAGGUAGAAACAGGUAUACAUAUUUUACUAAUUUUUGGAUAUAGUGUUAACUCGAACCUCCGAAAAUGUGUUGAUCUUUUUCUCGUUUUCGUUUCAAUGACGAUUGUUCUGCUGAGAGGCCUGAUGAUUUUCAUGAACAGAGUAAAUGUGUAAACCGAAUAAUUCCAGGAGCUCCUUGUUACUGGAUAAACCACACGUAAGUGUCCCCUUUCGCGAUGCCAUCUGACCAAGAUAACAGCAGCGCCACCAGUGGUAGUGGGAGGAAUAAUCCAAACGUGACCACCACAACAGUGAUUACCAGAAGAGUAGAACCUGGUCCUCCUCAAGAACUGACCCCGGAUGCUGUUGCCUCAACAAAACAAGAAGAAUGGACCACGUGCAAAAGGGUAGUAAAUCACAAAACAAAACAGGUGGAGACGCGAGUUCAGCGCCAGCUGGUGUACGAAGAUGGCAAAAUUAUUGCCGAUAGUGGACCUCAAAUUACAACGAAAAUGACAGAAGAUAACAGAACGGAGGAAACCGAAAACUCGGGUCACAAAAACCUUGGUGACGAUCCUGGUUACGAGGCUACAUCAGGAGCGCCACGUGUUGUAAGUGAAAAAACCGAAACGCAUCAGGUGAUGAAGGAAAGUAAAGAAGAAAACAUGCAGUUGCACAACGAAACUUUCCAUGAAUUAACUGGCCCG